AUGAACCUGGGGAACUGCGAUGUCCAGCUGGAGCUUAGGAAUUGGGGAGGGGCUACAGAUGCGCUAGAGGCAUCAAGGAAGAGAGGUCAGAACACACAGAGGGCCUCCUUCUCUUUCAGCUUUUUAAUUGCCCUCUCUCCUUACACAGUAGAUUAUUGUCUUUCCUACAAACUGUUCAAGAUGCGGUGGCAUGGGCAUGGCCUGGCUACACAAUGAACCAACCUCUCCAUCUUCUGAUGGUUGUGUGAUUAGGGAGUCUGCCCUUGCUCUGUCUCCUGGAUUUGAGCAUCUGGGAGCAGGGCA